GAAGGCGGCGGGGCAGCCAUGGGUCGGGCAGUGACCGUGGCCACCUGCGCUCUCAACCAGUGGGCACUGGACUUUGAGGGCAACCUGGAGAGGAUUUUCAGAAGUAUCGACAUCGCCAAGAGCAAGGGAGCCCGGUACCGCCUUGGGCCAGAGCUCGAAAUCUGUGGUUACGGCUGCUCAGAUCACUAUUAUGAAUCAGACACACUCUUGCAUUCGUUUCAAGUUCUGGAAAAGCUCUUGGAGUCUCCUGCUACUCAAGAUAUUAUAUGUGAUGUGGGGAUGCCUAUUCUGCACAGAAAUGUUCGCUACAAUUGUCGAGUGAUCUUUUUAAAUAAGAAGAUUCUUCUGAUCAGACCAAAAAUAUCACUGGCAAAUGCAGGAAACUACAGGGAACUUAGAUGGUUCACCCCAUGGAGCAAAGCAAGGCAUGUGGAGGAAUAUUUUCUACCCAGGAUAAUUCAGGAAGUGACUGGACAGGAAACUGUUCCUUUUGGGGAUGCAGUGCUAGCAACCAAAGAUACCUGCCUAGGGGCAGAAAUAUGUGAAGAACUCUGGGCACCAAAUAGUCCUCACAUUGAGAUGGGACUUGAUGGUGUGGAAAUUUUCACCAACUCUUCAGGGAGUCACCAUGUGCUGCGGAAGGCUCACGCCCGGGUGGAUCUGGUGAAUUCUGCCACAGCAAAGAAUGGUGGAAUAUAUAUUUUAGCAAACCAGAAAGGCUGUGAUGGUGAUCGUCUGUAUUAUGAUGGCUGUGCCAUGAUUUCCAUGAAUGGAGAAACAGUUGCACAAGGAUCCCAGUUCUCACUCGAUGAUGUGGAGGUGCUGGUUGCCACUCUGGACCUGGAGGAUGUUCGAAGUUACAGAGCAGAGAUUUCAUCUCGUAACUUGGCAGCAAGUAAAGUGAAUCCUUAUCCCAGGGUAAAAGUGGACUUUGCUCUGUCGUGUCCUGAUGAUGUAGCUGUUCCUACUUGUAUGCCAAUCCAGUGGAGACACCACAGUCCCGAGGAGGAGAUCAGCCUUGGACCUGCAUGUUGGCUCUGGGACUAUUUAAGGCGCAGCAAACAGGCAGGAUUUCUCCUACCUCUGAGUGGUGGAAUUGACAGCUCUGCUACAGCUUGCAUAGUGUAUUCCAUGUGCCACCAGGUUUGCCUGGCAGUCAAGAAUGGCAAUGCAGAUGUGCUGGCUGAUGCACGCAGGAUUGUGAAUGAUGAGACCUACAUCCCUGAGGAUCCUCGGGAAUUCUGCAAGCGUGUCUUCACCACGUGCUACAUGGCUAGUGAGAACUCCUCCCAGGAUACCUGCAACAGGGCUAAACUGCUGGCUGAGCAAAUAGGCAGCUACCACAUCAACCUGAACAUUGAUGCGGCUGUGAAAGCUGUUGUGGGGAUCUUCAGUGUGGUGACAGGUCGAACUCCCCGGUUUUCUGUUUAUGGAGGGAGCAGCAGAGAGAGCCUGGCACUCCAGAAUGUGCAGGCUAGAAUAAGAAUGGUCCUUGCCUACUUGUUUGCUCAGCUGACACUAUGGGCUCGUGGGAUGUCAGGGGGACUGCUGGUGCUGGGAUCAGCCAAUGUGGAUGAAAGUCUCCGUGGUUACUUGACCAAGUAUGACUGUUCCAGUGCUGAUAUCAACCCCAUUGGUGGCAUCAGCAAAACUGAUUUGAAGAACUUCAUUCAGUACUGCCUUGAAAACUUCCAGCUCACGGCCCUCAGGAGUAUCAUGUCAGCUCCACCCACUGCAGAGUUGGAGCCCCUGGUGGAUGGACAAGUGGCUCAAACUGAUGAGGCAGAUAUGGGGAUGACAUAUGCAGAGCUUUCAAUCUAUGGGAAAUUAAGGAAAAUUGCAAAGGCUGGACCAUACAGUAUGUUCUGUAAGCUGAUUAAUAUGUGGAAGGAAAUUUGUACUCCAAGAGAGGUGGCAUCCAAGGUUAAGCAUUUCUUCAGGAUGUAUUCGGUCAACAGGCACAAAAUGACCACCCUCACUCCUUCCUACCAUGCUGAAAACUACAGUCCAGAUGACAACCGGUUUGACCUGAGGCCUUUCCUCUACAACACCUCAUGGUCCUGGCAGUUCAGGUGUAUAGACCAGCAGGUAUCCAAGCUAGAAAAAAAGGAAGGAAUUUCUGUAGUUGAAGAUGUGGACUGACUUCCUGUCUUGUUUAACUGUGGUAAUUAAUUUGCCAAACAGAAUGUUCAAAACUGGAUUAUACUGUAAUAAUGAGCAGUGAUGACCUGCUUAACAGUUCUUGAGCUGAUCAUUGUAAUCAAUUUUUUUUACUGAAUCCCUGUUUUACUCUCAAUACACUUAAACUGUAGUUUGGCUAAGGGAUCAUUUAUUAAGGAUUUUCUUCAACUUCUUGAGUUAAUUGCCUUUAAUUUAAAACAUUUGAAUAAUCAUAAACCCAGGGUAGUCUUUUAUUUGGUUCUGAUAAAUUGGAUAUGACUUUUGAGUAACACUCAGCUGAAUGUGUAAAAUUUUAACAGUUCUGGCAUGUGCUGUUGAGGGGGAAAAUCUCACCUUACUUUGCAAUAAAUUUACAAUUUUGUCAUGCUAA